UUCUCCAUCCAAGCAGGCACGUCACAUUCCUUUAAGUCUGAAUUAAACUGAACACUGCUCAACAGCUUCCCUUCUCAUGAAAGCACCUUCUUGAAAACAAUUGUACAUCGAGGAAAAAGUUCACUUAAAAUUUUAAAAACGAAAAUACAGAACAUAAGAAUGAUGCGAUCGAGGAGGUCGAAGAGACCAAGAAGGGUUCCCAUGGUGGAGAUAGCUGAUCUCGACGAAGAUCCCGAGUUUCGAGUACUGCUGUUGGAUAUAAUACGCAUUCUGGAAGCGAUUCCCGAAGCAGCAUGAUGCUAAAUCUAUAGGAAGAAAUAGUUUGUUCGGGGUUGGGUGAGGUGUUACAUCAGAAACACGACCUAAACACUAUCUUAAAUUAAAGUUUCGUUGGCCAAAAA